AUGAGUCGAUAUUAUCGAACAAGAUCAAUAUCUAUUAAACGAUUUCAACGUCAUGGCAUACAAUCAAAUGGUUUAUUAAGUCUUAAAGAAUUAUGUGCUCGUCGUAUUGCUCUUAUCAAAAAUGAACAAACUAAAUGGUUUAUUACUGCUUAUUUACCACCAAAUUUAUUCAAAUAUGUAACAAAAGAUAUAUUUGAUUUAUGUCGAGAUGAAUGUAAAUUGAAUUAUCCAAAAGAUUUUCAUAUGUGCGAAGCAUGUUCAAUAAAUGAUUAUAAACAACCAUCAUCCAUUAAAUGUCGAUGUCCUAAACGUGAAGCUGCAAUUCAUAAAUUAAAUAAUUAUUUUUUUAAUCGAAUGAAUAAUGAUAACAAAAUUAUAACAGAUAAACCAAGAAAAUUUGAACUUAUUUAUGUAAUGCCAAAUGGUGAAGAAGAUUAUUUCAUGUACGAAAACGAUGAAGAUGAUAUGGACGGUUCGACAUCUUGUCAAACAUAUCAGUUUUUAAAUGGUCAAAUAUCUGUUGAAGACAAACUUUUAUUUGUUGAUGUUAUGCGUUCUUUUGAUGCUUUUCGAAUUAAUCACGAUCAACCUGAACUUAUUUUCUAUCGUCGUCAAGAAAUUACAUCUGAUUUUUAA